AUGUUUGAGACCCUAAAACAGACCGCGUUUCAUGAGAAAAUGGAUUUCAACGAACCAGACAGCCAGUACUCGUUUCUAGAAUUUGGAAAAGAUUUGUUCAAUAACAUUGGACAAUAUCUAACAUCUGCAAUCGGAAAUGACGAUAAAAUGAAAAUUGCGUCUAAUUUGAGAGAGCUGUUCAACUUAACUACAACUACUGAGGCCCCAAAGACUCCAAAAAGAUUUCGACCAAAAAUUAUCCCAGUCGACAAGCCGGAAUCAACAACACUUCCCACACCACGACCGCUUCCAACUGUCUUCACGUUUCCUUACACAACACCACAUUUCACAACAAGUACUCCACCUCCAGAAAUAACAACGACUUAUGAUCCCCGACCUCGAUUUCGUUACACAACUACUACUGAACCAACAAUAAUCAAGUUUGUAAAAACAACAAAAGCUCCAAUCACGACUACAGAAGAGGAUUCGACUACUGAAGACGAUAUCAUCAGAUUCACAACAACUGAAAGAGUGCGAUUUGCCACAUUUUCUCCGAACAUCCCAAAGACUACAACUACUAUCGUCUAUACCACCACAACUGCUCCGACCACCACUAGAACACCAACUACCACAACUACUACGACGACCAGUACCACUACACCAUCUACGACUACUACAACUAUGCCCACAACUACAACAACACAAUUCACAACAACUCACCCGGUAACCGAGCCGCCAAAGUUAUUCACAAAACCUCAGUAUCAAAUUUGGCCUACCACAACUCGUCCAUUCGUGCAAACACCAGAGACAUUGAUAAGCUCAACCGAACAUUUUAUCCGGCCAUCAUCUAUUAUUCGAAACAACAUUUGGAAAAAAGUGACACCAUCUGUGACUCCCGAAUACACAACAUCAGUAUUUUGGACCACACCAAUGCCAGUACCCACUGACCUUCCGAUUCCGGAAGAACCAUUCACAACUACCAUGACAAAUCCAACACCGCCUAGUGAAUCCCAACUAGUAUUCAGCUCAACGGCCGGAAUCCCAUUUAUAAUCAAAGCAAAAAAGUUCACACGACCACCAAUUAUGGAGAAAAUCGCAGUGACUUCCACUCCGCAAGUUCACAAGUAUGAUACGUGUGUACCCGAUCAGAGGUGCUCCAUCAAACUGAAAAGCUUUGAAACUUCUGACCCACUGUUCCAGUAUUGUUACAGUCACUCUACAAUGAUAGACAACUCAAUUCAAGAUCUUCUCAGAGACACUCAAACAGCGACAUCCCUACCUCAACACAUUUCUUGGCACAGUUCAGUGACUCCAGAAGUUGUUCAGUUAGUGCAAACUCUAAUGUCACUUUAUAGGCCUAGUCGAUGUCUUGUGAUUGGAGUGUUCACUGGCCUGGGAUUACUUGGAGUUGCAGAAAGAGUCGAUUCUCGUGGAAUAGUUGUUGCUCUUGAGCAUCCUGCAUAUGCGGUGUUUUGGGAUAAAAUUGGACAGAAACAUGCAAGGAAACUGACAGCUACUCAGAUGUCCAGAAUCCAAAUGAGAACAUCUGAGAGUAUAGAAAAAUCACUUCCAAGACUUGCGACCAAUGAACCUAACACAUUUGACUUUGUAUUCCUUGAUGACUUCAAAAGAGAAAACUAUCUCGAUGACUACGAACACGCAAUCCGAUUAAUCCGCAGCGGAGGGUUAUUAGUUAUCAAUCAGGCUCUAAACGGCGGCGGUGUGAUGUCUUCAAUUGAUUAUAUGACUAAUGAUGACAGAGUUAUUCGAAAUAUGAACAUUCGCAUCAAACAGGACCCUAGGGUAUCAGCUUCACUUCUACCGUAUGGCGGCGGAACUUGGAUUGUCACUAAAAAUUAG